GUUGUUGUGCUCGCAGCACAGACAAAAGCAACGCAAACGUUAUUUUUUGUUUAGAAAAUAUGUUUGCUUUCCAAUAAUUAUGAAGAGCCUACAACGAUACUUAUUUCCCAAAUAAAAUUAACUUGGCUUUUCUUCCCUUCAAGAAGACGAUCUAAUCCUUCCAACAGAUAUGGCUUUAAGCAAGGCACAGGUUCUGGUUACUGAGUUAAUUGAAUUCAGAGAUUCCUUCAUAGAAAGAAAUGGUAUUGAAAAUGCUCACCAUAAAACAGAAGAAAUUGAACGAAAAAUAAAAGAUGUACUGUUAGAGCUUGAUCAACUACAAUUGUUAAUUGACAACAAGGCAUCGUUUUUCUAUCUGCGUGGUCAAGCUUUAAAUAUAUCUCCCAACUAUGAUUCCCGCGCUGUUGACUGUCUGUCUAAAGCUGUUAAACUCGACCCAAGCCUUGUAGAAGCAUGGAAUGAAUUAGGUGAAUGUUAUUGGAAAGACAAGAAUAUUGAUGGAGCUUUAAACUGUUUUAAUUCUGCAAUAAUAAAGUGUAAAAACAAAGUAUCUCUUCGAAACCUUUCUAUGGUGCAACGUCAGCUAGGCACAGAUUUCGACUCUAAAGUAGCAAAUAUUCAACAAAGUGUGACAACAGCAAAAGAGGCUGUAGCUAUGGAUGUAAAAGAUGGUCAUUCUUGGUUUGUUUUGGGUAACGCAUAUCUUAGUUCAUUUUUCUUUGCUGGUCAAAGUCCAGUAACACUUAAACAAUGUAUGGUGGCGUACACAAAAGCUGAACAAGAUAAAAAUGAAACAACCAAUCCAGACUUACAUUAUAACAGAGCUGUGGCGUUUAAAUACCAGGAACAUUUCACAGAAGCUCUGGACGGAUUUCAAAAAGCACAUCAACUUGAUCCAACUUGGAAGAUCCCGAUAGAAGACAAAAUGGAUCUAGUGAAUAGAUUGAAAUUAACAACAGACGCGUGCAGUAAUAAGGGACGUCUUAAACGAAAGAAACUCACUAAUUUAAUCAACCAAAUAAAAGACGCAGAUUUCGGUCCAUAUGCCAAUGGAACCUACACAAGUCCUUUGAAUAAAUCGAUCGAUCUAAAGAAGACAUGUAUCAAUGAACUAAGUUUAAAUCGUAACGAUGGAAAAGUGAUCUGUGGAAAAGUUAUCGCAGUCAUUCCAGUAAAAGACGCAGUACCUUUUCCGUUUAUUUUGAUGGAUAAAAACGAAGAUUGUGUGGCGGUGAGCGUAUUUAACUUAGCUAUUGGUAAAGGUGUAAUUGUUGGUGAUUCUGUAGCUCUUCCUGAACCUUACCUUGAAGAAGUCAAUUUACAGCUUGAUGAACAGCAGAUAUCAUACCGCACCAUCCGUGUAGAUAACCCUGUUGUUCUGGUAAUCAACAAACGCAAGGUUGGUUCAGAGAGACUAUCGUUUAGUGUUCUCGAUGUGACAAACAAGAGUUCUUGAUUAGAUGAUAGCCGCGAUACCUGACACGUGGUGUUCCAAACUUACUGCUAGACGAAUCCUGUGCUUGGCCUAAAAACCUGGAAUAAAAAUACUAUCGGAUAUUCCUAUUUUGAUUGGCUAUAUAAAUGUCGGAUUUUUAUCACUUCAAUGCGGCCUACGUUGGAAUUUGAAUUUAAAAAACUUUCAGUUCGAGAAGGACUUCUGCAAAAACAUAAUGGAAAUUUAAAUUUUCAACAGAACUGAAAUAAGAUGCUAUACCUGAAGCUGGUACUAACGUCAACGUUUUGCGGCGUCAUGCGUGUUACUUUUGAAAUUAUCCAUCAUUUAUUUAGUUUUUUAUGCAUUUUAUCUGUUGAAAAUAAACCUCGCCUACGGAGUUCCUUUUUUACGGUUUGGUGGGAAAAGAAGAAAUAACCCCUGGGGACAAAAUUUAAACAUCUGAAACUACAUUUGCUUUUGAAGUAAUAUCUAUUGUUGGGAAAUUAAAAUGAUAGCAUGUUUAUGACGUAAUGUAUAAUAUUUUAGACUGAUCUUACGGUUUAUGUUUAUCUGUACAGAACUAUUUAUUUUCACGGCAAAAAUUGUUGUGAAGCGUUUAAUAUGCAUACCUUUUGAUCAA